UCAAGGUUUUACCAAGGCACUUGACACCUGAUGGCAGGGGAGAAGAAACACAAGAAAAUAAAAGGAAGGAAAAGGAGAGUUUGGGGCUUUGAGAGGGCAGGCAGAUAUUACACAAUACUCUAUAUGGGGACUAGACAGAGAGAGGACAUGGACAAGCCUGCAAGAGAGGGAGACUGCAAGUUCGGAUUAUUCUUCUUCUGUGUAUGAUUGCUAUUACAAUCCACAGAAACUCUUUUGUACUCACUCAUAUUCACCACCUUCCUCUGAUCCUCUCUCCCUCCCUCCCCCUCUCGUUAUAUAUUUUUAUAUAUAUAUAUAUAUAUAUAUUGUUUUUUUAAUACAUAGAGUAUAUGUUCAUGUACAUCCUCGACUCCGAGGCUGCGCGACCUGUCCAGAACCGGAACAAACCGAGAGAGAAGGUGAUUAAUUUUAAAAGCAAGGGGCGGGGGAGGGUCCUCAGUAGUCAGUACCCAGUCCACAAACCUUUUACACGUGAUAAAGAAAACACCAAAGGCGCUUGCAUGCGUGUAUAAAGAUUCAUUUAUCAUCAUCAUCAUCUUUCUCUCUCUAUCUCUUUGGUAUCUGAAUCCUCCACCAAAACCCGUCUUUUAUAUGUAGUCAGCUUUAGGUUUCCCUUUUAAUCGCCCUUCACGUUCUUUGACACCCAGCCAUACUUCUAAGGUCCCCGGCUUUCCCUUCCCUCUUCCUUGUUAUAGUUUAAUUAAAGUGCCAAGUGACUUGUCUUAGCUCUCCUUCCCUCCCAUGGUCACUGAGUGAGGUGGUUUUUUUUUUUUUUUCUAAGUACUGAGUGAGGUGUUUAGUUCGUUAGUCUUCAUUUUUUUGGCUUAUUUGGACUUGGUGGUAUUUAAAGGGGGUGCAUUUCCUCUACAGCAUUAAUUUUGGGCAUCCUACAUAUGGUGAUUACACUGCUCUUUUCAAUGUUUAUUCCUUCUCUCUGUAUAUGUUCUUAAUUUUUGUUUCCUUCCGGGUGUCUCUAUUCUCCUUCUACAACAGUCACCCGGUUUUUGUUAAUCUUUUUAUCCAGCUUAUUCAAUUUCUAUAUGAUUUUCGGUUUCGGGUGGGGACAAACCUAAGCUAAUGGUUUUGUCUUCUGGGUAUUGCGGUUUGUAGGGGUUCUAUUUGUCUAACUGUAUUUUAUUUAUUCUAUGCCCUUUGUCGUUCUGUUCAUUGGGUUGCUAAUAGAAGCCUCUGAAGAAGGAGAAAUAGUCUUGAAUCUGUGAGAUAGUAAAGACUAGAAGGGAAAGAAGUGCCUGGGUAUUUAGUGAAGCUUCUAUCUUUUCAACUAGUAUUCGUGCUUUUUUGUACAGUUUCAGCCUGCAAAAUUAGCGAAACCAGCAUGCCUACUAGGCAGAUGAAAGAGAGCUCAGAGCAGCAGCACCUUGUGAUCAAAACCCACUUGCAGAACUUCAUGAACCAAGUGCAGAAGGGACCCAAAACUGGCCCAAAUGGUAAAGGUCCCCCACCCCAAGAGUCCCACAACACAAAAAACAAAGGAAGAAGAAGGGGUAGAGGUGGACGAAAGGUUGAUCAAGGUGAUAUUUGUAUGCGUCCGAGUUCCCGGCACUGCACCGUGGCUCCUAAGCCGGUCUCAGAAAAUCCGGCCGGAGCUCUUGUAGCGAGUACUCCGAAUGGUUCAGUGGAAAAUGGUGGCGACUUGAGUGGAAUGGAGAUGAGUUUUCCUGCUUCAAGCAAGUCUUUGAGUUUUGCCCCUAGGCCUGGUUUUGGGCAAGUUGGGACAAAGUGUAUUGUAAAGGCCAACCAUUUCUUUGCCGAGUUACCGGAGAAGGACUUGAACCAGUAUGAUGUGACCAUAACUCCUGAAGUAUCAUCAAGAGCUCUGAACAGAGCUAUCAUGGAAGAACUGGUGAGAUUGUACAGGGAAACUGACUUAGGAGCGAGACUACCCGCUUAUGAUGGCAGAAAGAGUUUGUACACAGCUGGGGAGCUUCCCUUUACUUGGAAGGAGUUCAAAAUUAAGCUCGUAGAUGAGGAGGAUGGAAUCAAUGGUCCCAAACGGGAAAGAGAAUAUGAAGUGGUGAUUAAGUUCGUUGCACGUGCCAACAUGCAUCAUUUGGGUCAGUUUCUAGCUGGUAAGCGUGCUGAUGCUCCACAGGAAGCACUUCAAAUUCUUGACAUUGUAUUAAGGGAACUUUCAACGAAGAGGUAUUGCCCCAUAGGGAGAUCCUUCUUUUCACCAGAUAUUAGAAGGCCGCAACGCCUUGGUGAUGGUUUGGAGUCAUGGUGUGGAUUUUACCAGAGUAUAAGGCCUACCCAGAUGGGCCUUUCUCUGAACAUUGACAUGGCUUCGGCUGCAUUUAUCGAGCCUCUUCCAGUAAUAGAAUUUGUUGCCCAGCUUCUUGGCAAAGAUGUUUUGUCAAGACCAUUGUCUGAUUCUGACCGUGUAAAGAUUAAGAAGGCCCUAAGAGGAGUGAAAGUUGAAGUAACCCACAGAGGAACUGUACGAAGGAAGUACCGAGUUUCUGGAUUGACGGCUCAACCUACUAGAGAACUAGUGUUUCCUGUUGAUGACAAUUCAACCAUGAAGUCAGUUGUUGAAUACUUCCAAGAGAUGUAUGGCUUCACCAUUCAACAUGCACACCUUCCUUGCCUACAAGUAGGAAACCAAAAGAAGGCUAAUUAUUUGCCUAUGGAGGCCUGCAAAAUUGUUGAGGGUCAACUAUAUACAAAAAGACUGAAUGAGAGGCAAAUUACUGCUUUCCUAAAAGUUACCUGCCAAAGACCUAGAGAUCGGGAAAAUGACAUUUUGCAGACAGUUCAACAUAAUGCGUACGAUCAAGACCCUUAUGCAAAGGAGUUUGGGAUCAAAAUCAGUGAAAAGCUAGCUUCUGUGGAGGCACGAAUUCUUCCUGCUCCUUGGCUGAAGUACCAUGAAGCUGGAAAAGAAAAGGACUGUUUGCCACAAGUUGGUCAGUGGAACAUGAUGAACAAGAAAAUGAUCAAUGGGAUGACUGUAACCCGCUGGGCAUGUAUAAAUUUCUCACGGAGCGUGCAGGAAAGUGUUGCUCGUGGGUUUUGUAACGAACUUGCUCAGAUGUGUCAAGUAUCUGGCAUGGAAUUUAAUCUAGAGCCUGUUAUUCCAAUCUACAAUGCGAGGCCUGAACAAGUGGAGAAAGCCUUGAAGCAUGUCUAUCAUGCAGCCAUGAACAAGAUGAAAGGAAAAGAAUUAGAGCUUCUGUUAGCUAUUUUGCCUGACAACAAUGGGUCUUUGUAUGGUGAUCUCAAACGAAUAUGUGAAACUGAUCUUGGCUUAAUGUCACAAUGCUGUCUCACGAAGUAUGUUUUCAAGAUCACCAAGCAGUACUUGGCUAAUGUGUCUCUGAAGAUCAAUGUUAAGAUGGGUGGUAGAAACACUGUUCUUCUAGAUGCUAUCAGCUGCAGAAUACCAUUAGUGAGUGACAUACCAACAAUAAUAUUUGGAGCUGAUGUGACACAUCCAGAGAAGGGAGAAGACUCCAGUCCCUCAAUAGCUGCUGUAGUAGCUUCCCAGGACUGGCCUGAAGUUACAAAAUAUGCUGGAUUAGUUUGUGCUCAAGCUCACAGACAGGAACUCAUACAGGACUUGUACAAAACAUGGCACGAUCCUGUUCGUGGCAUGGUUAGUGGUGGCAUGAUCCGGGAUCUCCUUGUUUCUUUUAGGAAGGCAACUGGGCAGAAGCCACUAAGGAUUAUAUUUUACAGGGAUGGUGUAAGUGAAGGGCAGUUUUAUCAAGUUCUGCUUUAUGAGCUAGACGCCAUCCGGAAGGCUUGUGCUUCUCUAGAACCAAACUAUCAACCACCGGUGACUUUUAUUGUGGUACAAAAACGACAUCACACUCGAUUGUUUGCUAACAACCAUAGGGACAGGAGCAGCAUGGACAAGAGUGGGAACAUUUUGCCUGGCACUGUGGUUGAUUCUAAAAUUUGUCAUCCAACAGAAUUUGAUUUUUAUCUAUGCAGCCAUGCUGGUAUUCAGGGGACAAGUAGGCCAGCUCACUACCAUGUUUUAUGGGAUGAGAACAAUUUUACGGCAGAUGGAAUCCAGUCAUUGACAAACAAUCUCUGUUAUACUUACGCAAGAUGUACACGCUCUGUCUCUGUUGUUCCUCCGGCGCAUUAUGCACAUUUAGCUGCUUUUCGUGCUCGAUUCUACAUGGAACCAGAGAUGCAGGAGAAUGGCUCGACUGGUGGGGGUGCCAGUAAUGGUGCCAAGGGAACACGAGCAGCUGGAGAGUCUGGUGUCCGGCCAUUGCCAGCCCUGAAGGAGAAUGUCAAAAGAGUAAUGUUUUACUGUUAGAGACCAGGGGAGAGCUGAUGGUGGCCAAGCGAUAGCCGGGAGAUAACAGCAAUCGUGAAUCACUAUUUCCUUCUCUUGUAUAUCCACUUAGUGUAUGUCUGACGUGAUCCAGGCCUGGUUAGGAGUUCCUUCGAAUGCGGACCUGUGAAUUUAGCAGUGGAGCUUGAGUUUAUCCUUCAUACUUGGUACGAAACUAGAAAACAUGGGAAGUACACCCAUUAUAGAUAACAGGUCUUGUUCAGCAUUGUCCACUGAUGUGAAGAAUGCCAAACUGGGCCAUGUAUAGCUAUUUUAAUUCAAUCUAUAUGUAUCAAAAUUUUCCCACA